AUGCUCAACUGGUGGUUGGGAAGGCCAGAUGGUGCCGAGCGCGUUGCAGGCGCAGACCCUGAGAUAGAUGCACCGGAGACUCCAGCCCCGGUCUUUGCUGCUCGCGCACUCAAAAGUGCGUUCUUUGGUACACCUGGCCUUCCUCAAGACGAUACACUAUAUGGACUCGAAAAGGAGGACGAUCCAAUAGCAGGCAGAGAUAAUCGGCUGCCACAUUAUCUAUCAGCUUCCCCAACGAAACCACCAGGAAUACUAAUGACCCCUGGAACUGCGGCGACUCGAAGAAAGACUGUGUCUUUCGGAUCAGAUGUCGAUGAUAACGAAGGAAAGGACAGGCCACAGAAAAUUGUUGGCAGGGCACCAACACCAGGGAAAGCCCUCAAUUCAUGGAUCGCCCAACCGGAAGAACUAUCACAGCCAAGCAGAAAGACCUCGCUUUUGAAAACUUUAGAAGACUCUCGUGGAUCGGACAGUGCAUUCAAAAAGCGCAAUCAACCUUCUACCACCUCUUCGACACUAUCCAAUUCGGCUUUGACCAAGGCGAAGGAUGUAAAAACACGAAAGGACACGAAGGAACCGAAAAAUUCACGAUCAAAUGAUGUGCAGCUGGCGAAAGAAUCAGUGUCUGGAGUCGACAGUGAUGCAGAUAUUACGAUUGACAUCAACGAUCCUCGGUCCCAAUCUGGCAAAUUCUGGAAAUCUGAAUUUCAAAAGUACCACGAUGAGGCACAGAUUCAAAUGAAGAAGUUAGUAGGGUACAAGCAGCUCGCAAAGUCUUAUGCGAAGAAAAAAGAUGCAGAAGCUCUCGAUCUCGCAGAAAAACUGAAGGAAGAGCAAGCCAAGGUUGCCUCAAUGGAAAACAAUAUCACUGAGUUAAUGUCGCAGAUUGCAGCAGAUGGGAAAGCCAAAGGAGAUACUUCACCGGCACUCAUGAGGGAACUUGCUCGUCAGACUGCCUUGGCUUUUCAAUAUCGCGUCCAAGUCGAAGAAUUUCGCAAAGCUAUGGAAGGGGAUGGAAGUCUUUCGGCAGCUGUCCCAAAGACUGAAAUGAGGAGUGCGAAGAAUGAAUCCAGAGACACGGCCUCCACCCAAAAUGAAUUAGAGCAAGCCUUAGAAGCUUUAGCCACCGCCGAUAGAACUGUUUCUAAGCUUAAAGGGGAAAACAUCAAGCUUUCACAAGAUUUGCAACAUUCUGAACUGCGGUUCCAGAAGCAUACAGAAAGCUGGGAGAAGCGUUUAAAGCUCGUAGAAGGACAACGCCAGAAGAAAGAGGAUCGCUUAAAGGCUCUUCAAAAAGAUUACGAUCACAUGAAGCAAACGGCAAAGAGUUCAAGACGCGACGCAGAGCAGCUCUUGAGAAAGCGUCAUGAUCAAGUAGUGGAACUUAAGAAAGAAAUCGCAUCCUUGAAAGGCGAACAAUCGACUAUAAAAGAUGCGGAACAGGCUCUUCACAUAAAGUCCAUCGAAUACGAUACAAUGGUCGAUGCAUACGAGAAGGAGAUAGCCAAAUUGAGAGAAUUUGUUCGUGGUUCUACCUAUGACGAAGUAACAGGAUCGGGCUAUGAUUUGUUCCGAACCAGAAGCCAUCCAACUGAGAAGUCACAUGCUUUUACAAGUAAUAUUCCAGUCUUGAGUCAUUCUAUUGCACGGCCAUCCAAAACAGUUGCCUCUACCAAACCUACUCAUUUUGAAGCAUCUACUGAUAUCACACAACGAUCAUCACAUGCAGCCUUAUCUGAGAUUACUAACCUUGCAUCUAUGGAACAAUAUGCUUUCCAGAAAUCGAAGAAGGUUGAUUAUACUCCUCUCGCCAAUCGAUAUGCGGAUCUUUCCCUCGAUUCAUCAGAUAUAAACUUGCAAGCCGAAGUCCCAUCCUUGCCUCUUCUUCAUACACGAACUAGUCGCGAGAGGUGUCUAGACAGUCCUAGACCAAAGAUAUAUAACAUUCCCUCAAGUCCUCCUAAAGCUACAGUGUCUCGAUCCAGAGCUGUUGACCAGUUGAAGUCAAACAAUGAACGUGGGGUACCUCGUCCGACCACUAUUGCAUCGAGCCGGAGAUCCAGUCCAUCAAAGUGUGCCUUGCCUCCAGAUAGAGUUGCAGCUGCCAAAGCAAGGCUAGCCCUGAAGAAUGCCGAGAAAAGAAGAGCUCAAGCAUUAGGGACAAACAGCAUUCGAUAA